AUGCCAAUUUCAACAGAUCGAAAACGACGGGCCAAUGCUGGGUCACGAAUGGCUCGUUUAUUGAAUGAAGAGGAAGAAGAUGAAUUUUAUUCUAACAUAUAUGGUGGAUUUAAAGAGGAAGACGAAGAUGAAGAUUAUAUGUCGGAGAGUUCUGUUGAAGAUGUUGUUGAUUCUGAUUUCCUCGAUCCCAGUGAAAGUGAAGAAGAUAGCGCAGCAGCAGCAGCAGCAGCGUUGGAAGAAGAGGAAGAUGGGCGUAAAAGAAAACGUAAAGGUAAUCGAGUUAUAACCAGAGGCUACAAGGAGCCUAAACGUGCCAAAACUACAAAACGUCAGGCGAAAAACUCAGCUAAAAAAAAGACUGGUGCAAAAACUUCAAAAGAGCCUCAGAGUAAACCUACUUCAGCAGUUAAAGAUAAACAAAAGCCAACAGUAUCAAAGAAAACUCCGGAUACUGCUGUUUUUGUGAAGCCUACAUUACGUUCAAGUACUAAAAAAGCAACUGCUAAGCAAGAAGCAACUGCUAAGCAAGAAGCAACUGCUAAGCAAGUAGCAACUGAUAAGCAAGAAGCACAAGGAACACGUAAACCAGUAAUAAGUAAUGGGAUUACGCCUAUUCGUCGGAAAGCCUUUUUGGCAGAAAUCGCAAGACGCAAAAAUCUUCCUGAAGUUCGACGUUUAACACAGGAAGAAUUGCUAGCUGAAGCUAAGAUUACAGAAGAAAUUAAUCGGCGUUCUUUAGCUCGAUAUCAGCGUCUGGAGAUCGAGAAAAAGAAGGCACGUGUUCUAAAAACAGUUAAUUGCACACCAAUGAUUCGUUAUCAUUCAGUCACUGUUCCAUUAAUUGAAGAUCAAUACAAUGUAUAUGGUGUAUCACUCGAUGUUCUUGGAUCACCCGCAAAAGCUGCUCCGAUGAUCACGCAUCCUCAAGCCAAAGCUUAUAGGAAUUUUAUAACAUUUGCAAAUGAUGAGUGUUUCCGUCAAUCAAUGCCUGCGACAACUACUCCACUGCCGAGACCAGGUUGUCCUGCUCCCUGUCCUGUACGUCCGGAACGUCGUCCACGAAUUUGUCCAAUCACUGGUCUACCUGCUCGUUAUGUAGAUCCGUUAACUUUAACACCUUAUGCUAAUCUAACUGCAUUCCGUAUAAUCAGACAUUUAUACUACAUACAUCUGGAGACGAAUAUACCUCCUAUGGACUUAUUACGAGAGUAUCAUGCAAGUUGUUAGUGUUUUCAUUCUAACUACAGACAAAUGAACUUAUACAAUGUUAUGAUGUUAUGUUUAUUUACUUGAUUAAAAAUUAUACCGAUAUACCUUGAGUUGUUGAAGUAUUAAAUUCUUGUUUUUGAAGACAACACUCUUUGUAGAAGUUAAUUUACAUUGAGAGUGAACUUUUGUCAUCAAUAUUGAUUAUUAUUAUUUUUUUGGAGGAGACUACUUGAACAGGUAGAAUAAGUUUGUUGUGAAGAUACGUGUAUGCGAGCUGAAAAGUGUUUCAUCUUUCAGGGAGGCGGGUUAUAACCCAUAAUUAUUGUGUAAUGGCUGAUAAAACAAAAUGCCCAGUGUGGAGCUGGAUUCUAACCAAGAAUCUACUGGUUGAGAUUUAAGUGGUAAACUCAAUGGGCUGUACCUGUGAAGACUAACUUUUAUCUAUCGAGUGUGUAAUUAUCGUUAGUCUUGAAGCUGCUCAACUCAUUUCUUCGUAUUCAAAUUGAAUGAAGUGUGUAGGUGACUGUUUUCUCAUCUGUAGUUUGAUUGAGAGAUAAAGGGCGAAAUAGAUCAUGGUGUUUGUCCAGUCAGUAGUCAACGGUUUUUUUCGGUAUGAAUCUGAAAGUUAUUUGCUUCAGGCUACAAAAUCCCGAACUACAUAUUUGAUCCUUCAGUGUGCAUACAAGAGGUGAAAUGUAAAGAAAGGACUCUAAUUUAAGCCGAUCCUUUGAAUUCUGCACAUACACUGUGAGACACCUAUACAUAACUGAAGCCCGGCCAUCAAGAUAAUCUCGGUCAUUGGGUAUAUUGAGUCUACGAAAUUCAUUCAUACCUCAAUUAUGUGGGAAUUCGACAUCCAUUAAGUGUGGCUUUACGUUGUGGAUUUAGGGUGAUUCGAAAAGCUGAUUACUCAACUGGACCUUAAUUGGUAGGUUGUUUAGUUACGCUAUACGAUUAGUAAUGUCUUUGCGAGUUUCCUCUUACACACCCAGUUACUACCAAUACGAUGAGUCCUACAAAAAAUUUUCUUUCCCAUUAUGGCAAACCAGGUAUUCAUUCGUAUGUGUUUAACGUGAUGGAGUAGAUUUAAUGAGAGGCGGUUACACGCUACCGUUAGAGCACCAGCCCAAGUGGCUGAUGGAUGGUGAUGCUAGUAUGU